AUGGCGCUGCGAUACAAGAAUAGUAUGUGUCUCUAAUUCUUUUCUUUUAGACCCUUUUCCGUGCAAACAAGCAUCGAUUGAAAAUGGUCCAACGCCUGGUUUUAAGACGACGAUUGUCGUACAAUACCAAAAGCAACAGGAGACGCAUUGUGCGUACACCUGGUGGUAAAUUGGUCUACCAAUACCUGAAGAAGCCCAAGAAGAUCCCCAGGUGCGGGCAAUGCCAUGACAAGCUCAGAGGUAUCCAACCAGCGAGACCAAUGGAGCGGUCACGUAUGUGCAAACGUAAGAAGACAGUAAAGCGCGUCUACGGAGGUGUCUUGUGCCACAAAUGUGUCAAAGAAAGGAUCGUCCGUGCCUUCCUUAUUGAGGAACAGAAAAUUGUCGUGAAAGUAAUCAGAGCACAACAGGCAUCCACUAAAGCUAAGAAGACCGAUAAAUAAACCAAUAAACUGUCUUAUCUUAAAUUAAUAAAUAAUUUUCAAAAAUAA